UCCUGUUUCAAAUGAGUUCAGAGGAGAUGCAUGAUGGUGGGCAUCAUAGAUCCUAUGUGAAGGACAAGAGUUCUAAUGGUGAGGCAGAGGAAAUUACAGAAAGUGGAAGAAAAGAUGAGGUUGUUGCAGAAUUGAGCAUAGAAGAGAUCUUUGAGUGCAGGAAUGUGCCUUCAUGGUGGGAGCAAAUGACUUUGAGAGGGUUCUUGGUGGCCCUGUUCCUAGGAAUUAUGUUCAGCAUUAUAGUUAUGAAGCUCAAUCUCACCACUGGGCUGGUGCCUACAAUGAAUGUUUCAGCUGGGCUGUUGGCAUUUGUUGUCAUGAGGACAUUGACAAAAGUAAUGGAGAAAAUUGGGUUGUCCAAAACUCCUUUCACCAGACAGGAAAACACUGUCAUCCAGACCUGCAUUGUAGCUUGUUAUAGCACUGCAUAUGGUGGGGGAUUUGGAUCUUAUUUGCUGGGCAUGAAUAGAAAGACUUAUGAACAGGCAGGAAGUAAUACAGAAGGAAAUACCCCAGAUACUGUUAAGGAGCCUGCUCUUGGCUGGAUGAUUGGGUUCCUUUUUGUUGUUACAUUUAUUGGCAUCUUAGCUCUAGUGCCUCUGAGGAAGGUACUAAUCAUUGACCAUAAGCUAACUUAUCCCAGUGGUACAGCAACAGCAGUUCUCAUCAAUGGUUUCCACACACCAUAUGGUGAUAAAUUGGCUAGGAAGCAGGUUAAGUGCUUUGGAAAGUAUUUCACUCUGAGCUUCCUCUGGGGAUUUUUCCAGUGGUUCUUCAGUGCUGGACAAAAUUGCGGUUUUGGAAGUUUCCCUGUUUUUGGAUUAGAAGCCUGGAAGCAAAGUUUCUACUUUGAUUUCAGUAUGACAUAUGUGGGAGCAGGGAUGAUCUGCCCACAUAUCGUCAAUAUCUCUCUGCUUAUCGGAGCUGUUGCUUCCUGGGGAAUUAUGUGGCCUCUGAUCAGGAACCAAAAAGGAAACUGGUACCCAGAAAAUCUUUCUGAAAGCAGCAUGAAAAGCCUCAAUGGCUACAAGGUGUUUGUGUGCAUUGCCCUCAUUCUAGGAGAUGGCCUUUACAAUUUCAUGAAGAUCAUGUACAUCACACUCAGUACCAUUUAUAUACAGAGGACGAAAAGGAUAGGGAUCGUAGCAGAUAGCCACUCCUAUGCUGAGAAACAGCUAACCUAUGACGAGAAGAAGCGCACAGAAAUGUUCAUGAAAGAGUCAAUACCCUUUUGGGUUGCUGUAUCCGGUUAUGUAGUUCUGGCGGCCAUAUCCAUUGCAGUGAUUCCUCAUAUGUUUCCUAACAUGAAAUGGUACUAUGUAUUUAUUGCCUACUUGUUUGCCCCCAUUCUGGCAUUCUCCAAUGCAUAUGGAGCAGGGCUGACAGAUCAGAACUUAGCAUACAAUUAUGGCAAGGUUGCACUGUUCAUAUUUGCAGCCUGGGCAGGGAAGGAGCAUGGAGGUGUUCUUGCGGGCUUAGCUGCCUGUGGAAUCAUCAAGUCUAUUCUCUCCACUGCUUCAGAUCUAAUGCAUGACCUAAAAACAGGGUAUCUAACACUUUCAUCCCCAAGAUCCAUGUUUGCAAGCCAACUGAUUGGAACUGUAAUGGGCUGCUUUGUUGGCCCACUAAGCUUCUGGCUCUUCUACAAGGCUUUUGAUGUGGGGAAUCCUGAGGGGGAGUACAAAGCUCCCUAUGCUCUCAUAUACAGAAACAUGGCCAUUCUUGGGGUGGAAGGAUUCUCUGCACUGCCAAAGCAUUGUUUACAAAUCUGUUAUGCUGCUUUUGGAUUGGGAUUUGUGAUUAAUGCUAUUAAAGAUCAUGUGUUGCCAAAGAAAUUUGCCCCAUAUGUUCCUCUGCCAAUGGCCAUGGCUGUUCCAUUCCUUGUGGGGGCUUACUUUGCCAUUGAUAUGUGUGUUGGAACAGUGAUUGUGUAUACAUGGCAAAGGCUCAAUCCUAGAAAGGCAGAUAUGCUUGUGCCUGCAGUGGCAUCUGGUCUUAUAUGUGGUGAUGGCCUUUGGCUUCUCCCUUCGUCUAUUUUAGCCCUAACCAAAGUCAAGCCUCCCAUUUGUAUGAAAUUCUUGUCAAGGCAGGGUCGCUACUAGAUUCAUAUGAUAGUAGGCAAUAGGACUUCUCCUAUAAGAGAUUAGGAUUUACCAUUGAACCAAUAAGAUUGUGCAAGCAAUGUAGAUGAUGUAAGGAAAUUUAGCUGAACAAAUCUCUGAUACAUCAAGUAUUCCAUUGCCUGAGACAUUGGGUGUUGGCACCAAUACUAUUGUGGAGGUGCAGUUGUAAGUUUGCUAAUAAACUUAAUAAGGAAUAAGGCUGGGGUCUCAUGGAGGGGGCUUCCUAAAAAAUAGAGUAGGUGCUGCAGAGAUUUUUUAGGAAUUUUUUUAAAGCGAGUGGUCCUAUGAAAUGUGUAGCACAGUUCUGUUUAGAAAUUUAAGCCCAUAAAUUGAAGGAAGCUAGUGAUCCCAUGAGCUGCACUAAAAAUGAGGAGAUUCUAUUUUUUAGGAGAAGAUUCCAAAUAAUCCUUUAGCCCCUCCCAUGGGACCCCUACCUAAGAUAGGUGUAUGGAUUUACUCUCUAGAGAAUAUUUAUGUUGUAUUAAUGAAUUAAUAAAAUUAUGCUUUGAGAUUUA